AGAGGAUUGGGGUUCGGGACACCAGUUCUCAGCUGUCCCUGUGUGCUGCGGGAAACGCUGCUGCGCGUCACGCCGCGAUGUUUCGAGAGUGAUUCCAGCCCGCAGGAAGGCUGCAGCAUUGGUGCUUCAGGCGUUGCGCGCAGAGGCGCGGAGCGGUCCCGGCGGCCCGCGGAGCUGGUAUGCGCUAGGGCUGGGCCAUGUAUUGGAAGAGCGAUCCGAUGUUCGUGUGUCGGUUGGACGACAAGGACCUGCCCGCGCUCGGCGCCCCCUCGGACAAGGUGAGCGCGCGGCCGGGGCGCUCCGGGCUCCUUCUCGGGUGGGUCGGUGCGACGCUGACCGCACUCCCCGCGCUGCCCCAGGCGAGCCCCGCGACGGCCGACGAGGACUCGUGCUCUUCCUCCACCGCCCUGUCACCCUCCUCCUCGCCGCGGUCCAUGGCCUCGGGCUCCGGCUGCGCCCCCAGCAAGUGCGUGUGCAGCAGUUGCGGCCUGGAGAUUGUGGACAAGUACCUGCUCAAGGUAAAUGAUCUCUGUUGGCACGUGCGCUGCCUCUCGUGCAGCGUGUGCAGGACAUCCCUGGGGCGGCACACCAGCUGCUACAUCAAGGAUAAGGAUAUCUUCUGCAAACUCGAUUAUUUCAGGCGGUACGGCACCCGCUGCUCCCGCUGCGGCAGGCACAUCCAUGCCACUGACUGGGUCCGCAGGGCCAAGGGGAACGUCUAUCACCUGGCCUGCUUUGCCUGCUUCUCCUGCAAGCGACAGCUUUCUACCGGCGAGGAGUUUGCCUUGGUCGAAGAGAAAGUGCUGUGCAGAGUGCAUUAUGACUGCAUGCUGGACAACCUGAAGAGAGAGGUUGAAAAUGGUAAUGGGAUUAGUGUGGAAGGAGCGCUAUUAACAGAGCAAGAUGUUAAUCAUCCUAAACCAGCAAAGAGAGCUCGGACCAGCUUCACAGCAGACCAGCUCCAGGUCAUGCAAGCGCAGUUUGCUCAGGACAACAACCCGGAUGCGCAGACGCUGCAGAAGCUGGCAGAGAGAACAGGCCUGAGCAGGCGCGUGAUACAGGUGUGGUUCCAGAACUGCCGCGCACGCCACAAGAAGCACGUCAGCCCCAACCACUCGUCUGCCRCCCCCGUCUCUGCCGCGCAGCCCUCCCGCCUCUCGCCCCCCAUGCUGGAGGAGAUGGCCUACGCUGCCUACGUGCCCCCUGAUGGCACCAUGCUCACCGCGCUGCACACCUACAUGGACGCUCAUUCACCUACGGCGCUUGGCCUCCAGCCUUUGCUACCCCACUCGAUGACACAGCUGCCCAUCAGCCACACCUAACCCCUCUGUCAGGGACAUGAACUGCUAAAUGUUUAGGUCCUUUAAUGUGUAUUAAAAUAUCACAGAGAGAUUAAUGUUAACUUUUUAUUUAACGUCUAAACCAUUUUCAAGAUCACUUUUGCUGUCCAGAUAUGUAAGUAUAUUUAGCCUGCAAGACACUUUUAUGGAUCCUGCAUAAAUAACUAUAAUGUUGUUUACAAGCCUUAUUAAACACCRUUUUGUAAUGUCUGGAAGUAGUCUAGUUAUGUAUUUGUUAAUUUAUUUGCCAUCAAAAGAGCACUUUGCCUAAAAGAAAGGACUGACAAUUGUGCAAAAUGUUUACAAUUCUUUGUGAAAUUGUAGUUUGCCAUUAGUUUAUACUUGUAAGUUAUUGCUAAAAGUAUUACCUGUAUUUGAGUUGUAUACAGCCUCUAUGUUAAAGCUUAUUUCUGUGAGCAGGCAAAAAUAAAUUUUGG